UUUAUGUAUUAAUUAUAGACGUCAAAGGAGCAGUUUAAAUAAGCUGGUGUGGUUCCUGCCAAUGUGGCUAAUGCACGGAUGAUGCAGAAAAUGGUGUCACUCCAGAAUGCAGCUAAUACACUGCACCACUCCGAGGCCUCCAAGAAAAUCUACAAAUCAAUGCGCGAGCUCACUUCGUCAUCAGCAGUAGCCACGAAGUAGACAUUCAGCAACGAAGCAACGUUCACACCUAAAAUGCCAGGAAAAAUCAUUCACACAAAAACUAUUGGGAAUUCACGCACCAAACCAGGUAUUUUAAGAUAUUCACUAACACAACAACCACUGACACAACAACAACCACUGACACAACAAAAACCACUCACACGACAAAACCACUCACACGACAAAACCACUCACACGCCAACAACCACUCACACAACAACAACUGCUCACACAACGACAACCACUCACACAAAAACAACCACUCAUACAACAAAAACCACUUGCACAACCCACAAAUCAAUCAAGAUUAAUACAACAUAAAACAUUCGCACGAACAUAACUACACACUCAAGAAAAAUCACUCACGCCAGAACAACUCCCACGAACACAACCAUACACAUCAGAAAAAAAACCUCACACCUGGUCAACGUCCACAACCAAGAGAAAAAAAAAGGAGCAACUAUGACUCAAUCAGAUUUUGGAAAAGCAUGGGGUAAUCUUAAAAAGACUGGACGAAAGAACUGCAGAAUGCUCCAGAAUGCUAAGGCAUAUAAGAAGAAUCUCACGAUAAAGGAUCUUCCCAAGUGUUUACCGUUCAAGAACACUCAGGAUCUACUCGAUUUCAACAACGUCUCUGAAGAUAACUUCUUGAUAUUCAAGGCCUUGAGGAUUGCUGUGAAGAUCCUACGAGACUUCAAAAUCAUGCUGUAAAAGUUUCAGUAUUGUUCAGAAAGCAAGAAGUGUACCAAACUACAGAGCAAGCACGCUGUCUUAUAUCUGCAACACGUUGGAGGUGCUAAUCACGAUGAUGCUGCUGCACUUUAUUUCAAGAAGAGCUUCCAAAUCGAGGAUGAUGACCUGCCAAAAAAAGUAACUUGGCUUGGAUCAAAAACCAAGGCACUGACGGCUCUCAAAGACACGCGGUUUGCUACAGCUUGUGAAAGUGCAAUGUCGGACAGCAAAAAUUUUGAUAAACCUACUAACACGAACUUCGCCACAGCCAUGACUAAGGCUUUGAAGUCGCUCAAAGAGGAUUAUCGGCGAAGAAAAGCUAAGCGCGUUCGCACGGGUGAUCGAAGGACUCACAAUGGACGAGUUAGAGGAUACGCAGCUCAUAUAUCAAGGAUAUGAAGAAAAUAGAGGAGUAUAUGGCAUCGAAGAAAAUUUAUACGUAAGCUAGAAAUCAUUCAGCAGUCUUCAUUCUGGUGUACAUUAUACAUAUUUGAUCUCAUACGUGGUGCUAAGUCACGUAUUUAUUUAUUAUUAUAGUUGCUUUGUAAAGCUUUUCGUUUAUUAUUUAAAUAAAUGCAUUUUUUAAAUGUAAUAUUGUUGUUAAGUAUAAGUACAUUUGUGCUAGUGCACGAGUCAGCGGUGUUCGUGUGAGCGCGUGAUGUAUGAGUGAGAGAGAGUGGAAAGGGAACUCUAGUUCCAGGGUGCUCGCUUGAAAGAGAGUUGUUAGAGACUAUAUAGAGUCCUCGGUAGUAGCAUCACGCUUAAUAUAAUUAUUAUCUAGUCUUACGUUUUAUUAUAUUAAAUUACACUUAAUAAAUACUUAA